AUGGGUCUGUGCUCCAGUCGCUCGCUCGACGCCCAACGCGUGUCGCGCAUGCUGCAAGAGAACCUGAAGCUCGACCCGGCGAGCGAGCGAGACCUGAUCCGGUCGUAUCGGUUGUUUAAGAAGACGGACUCGAACGGAGACGGGAGAAUUCAAAAGUCUGAAUUCGCGAGGGCGUUCAAACUGGAGCAGGACGUGUUCUUCGAUCGGUUGUUUUCGUUGAUCGACACGGAUGAGAGUGGAUACAUAGAUUUUCGCGAGUUCGUAAUCGUGCUCGGGGCGUUUCAGUUGGCGAAUGCGACUGGGCGGGUGCGGUUCGCGUUUCGGUUGCUCGAUUUGGACGAUAGCGGAGCGAUUAGUAAAGAUGAGUUCAAGGCGUGCAUUCAAGCGAGCGUG